AUGAGCGACUUCGAUACCAAAGUCCUUUACAUUGGCCAGAAGCCAAAGGUGACGAGAACGGCUAAGACCAAUGCUGAAAUUAAUGUUCUUUUGCAAGCUGCUCGUCGCGUAGGCGCGAUCGUUGCUACCAACAAGAAGGUCACCGCUGGCCUCAACAAAGCCCACCAGGGCCCGGACCACCGGCGAAUCGCUAAUUUAGACAGGGAGAACGAAGUCGCUCCUCCUGCUAAGAUUGCGCCCUCUGUUGGCAAGGCCAUCUCCGCUGCUCGUCUUGAAUGCGGGCUCACUCAGAAGGAAGUGGCUCAGAAAAUCAGUGAGAAGCCGAGCGUCUUGCAGGAUUAUGAAUCUGGCAGGGCCGUCCCCAGCGACCAGAUUCUCAGCAAACUCGAACGUAUUUUAGCUGUCAAGCUUCGGGGUUCAGAGAUAGGCAAGAAACUGACACCCCCGGGGAAGAAGAAUUAA